AUGGCAGCUUUUCAGAAAUUCCGAAAAUUCCUGAUGAUGAAUCUUGCGAGUGAGCGCUUCGAUGAAGCCGGAAAGCCGCUGAGACGUCUAAGACUCCAUCCGGAAGUCGCUGAUUCAUUCCUUACCCAUUAUUUGAAUGCCGAAGUCUUGCCAAAUCAUCUUCCAAUCUGCCGAUAUGCGGUAAGCCCAAGGAGAAUAUAAAUUGAAUUUUUGGGGAAAAGCCAAAGAGAGUUGGGGAAAAAGAGCUAGUUAGAGGGUUAAAUGGUCUUUAUGUUCUUUGGAGAUCCAAAAAUUAUUUAUGUCCUGAGGCGUUUUAGCUUAGAAAAUACGAUUUUCCGAAGAAUUUGCUCGAUUUUGGCAAAAUUUUUGGUAUUUUCUCAUUUUUUUUUAAAUUUUUUGCUAUCGCCAGCAGUUCUACAUUAUGGAUUAUCCGUUUUCAGCUGACCAGUCGCUUCUGCCAACGUCUGCUCGCCCGAAAAUUGGAGAAACUCCGGCUGGAGCACUUCAACUUUGACACUUUUGCCUUCCAUCUGACCAAGAUCUCCGCCCCGACGAUCUGGAUCUCCGUCAACAAAACGUUGGCCCUUCUUCGCCUCCUCAACCUCAAAAACACCGUCUACGAGACGUCGGCGGACGGCUCGUUGGCUCUUACCAAAGCCCUGAUCUCGGUUCUGAAGGGCACAGUGCGCGCGCUGACGCUGAAAAACGCGUACAUUUCGAACAUGUGGGAGAGCACCAACAACUCGUUGCUGUUUCUGCGCGAAUUCGCCGGCACAAUGGAGCGAUUACAGUGUGAUCCGAGGUUUCUGGGAUUCGAGAUGGUGCCGAAAUUGAGGUUGGACUUGUUCAAACCCAAGGUGUCGGAUGCUGAUUUGAUGGAGAUGGAGAUGAGGGUACCUGAUGAGAAUCGGUCCGGAUUUGAGACUGGUAAGUCUUUCAGCUUCGUUAUUUUUUAUAAAAAUGCUUUUUGAAAAACUUUUUUAACAUAGCAAGAGAAGUACCCAAAGUGCGACGUUCAGAUUUUCUUUAAAUUUUGCACACACGUCGCUCAUGAACUAAGUAUCAAUUCCUGAAAGUUUUAGCUCGCGCUUUGCGGGCGCCGCCGAGUUAUUGAACGAUCUUUGCCGCCGAGAGAGCACGCUAAACGUGGAGAGCGGAGAGAAAAACACUUUUUUGGCCAUAACUUUGGCAGUUUUGCGAGGAAAAAUUUAAUUUUUUGUGGAAACAUUACACUUUAUGAUAGAAAUAGGCAUGAAACUUUUCGUGCCGAAAUUCGGCAAAAAGUCUGAAAUUUUCAUCAACUUUUCACCGAAAAAUCUCGGCUGUUUCUGCAAAGCGCGAGCUAGGAUUCUCGCAUAUGUUUUAGAAAAAAAUUUGCUAAAUUUGUGCCAAGUUUCAUCAAGAUCUGAGCGUCGGACUUGGGGUACUUCCUCUGUUAAUAGAACUGAAUAUUUUUAUUCAAUACAUAUUGCUAUGUCGGGAAAAUAAUAAGCACUCUGUCGGAGCCAAAAAAAUCUACCGAGAAAAUGAAUUUUGUCACGACAAAAUCAAAUUUCCUUUCAGUUCAGCGACGCUAUCGGCGCAACGACAAUAUGGUCAUUAUUUUCCCGACAAACUGAUAAAAACUCAAAUUUUUUCGAAAAUCAGCCUAAAUUUUUUGUGAUAGACGCUAGCUGACUAAUCCCACCUUUCUUCAGAGAUUCUCCGUUGCACUCUCCGCCACAACAUCACUACGCUCGAUCUGGACGCCGACUCCAAGCCCUUCUUCACGGUGGAUCCCCGCAAUCCGCCGAUCGCGCCCAACCACGACCUCCUCAACCUCAAGUUCCAUUGCGCCACCGGCCAAACCUAUCGCGCCUUCGACUUUUUCCGCCGCUUCAAGUGCGUGGCGCCGAAUUUGGCGCGGCUCGAGGUGGAGUUCGCGGUGAAGCGCGAGUUCUCCGCGGACAUCUCGCAGAAAUCGGCCGCGUUCUGGCAACAGCUCAUGAGUUUCGUCGACGAAUCUCGAGCAUCGAUGGAGGGACUCGUCAUCUCGGCAACGUUGUGUUUUGUCGAUGAUACCGACUUCGAAGUCGGCUGGAUUUCGAAGUUCAAACGGAUGGUGGACCAACAAGUUGAGGUCCGAAGAAACGAGAACGUCCGGCUCGACCACUCGCUGAUUUUCGCCGACCACUUUGCUCAUGUUGAGCUGCGUGUUCUGGAGAACCAACAGAACGUCAUGCUACCGGUUGAGGCCGAGGUUCAAACCGAAAAAGAUGGAUUUGUAUAUUAG